AUCCUGAACCAAGAAAUAACUUUCCGGUCGCCGGAGAUGGGGAUUUGUAGCUCGUGCGAGGUUAACACCGGCGUCGCUACCGCAAAACUGAUAAUGCAUGAUGGAAGAUUGCAAGAAUUCUCAUACCCAGUUAAAGCUUCAUUCUUAAUGCAGAAAGAUCCGACGUGUUUUAUUUGUAAUUCCGAUGAGAUGGAAUUUAACGAUGUAUUAUCCGCCAUUAACGCCGAUGAAGAACUUCAGCCGGGUCAGUUAUAUUUCGCGAUACCUUUGAGUCGAUUACAGCGGCCGAUACAGGCGGAGGAGAUGGCGGCAUUGGCUGUGAAAGCUAAUUCGGCGUUUAUAAAGAGCGGUUGUUGCCGGAAAAUGGUUAGUAAUAUGAAGGUGGUGGAAAACGGCGGUGGUCGUGCGGCGUCUGAGUUAGGGAGUAGAAGGGGGAGGAGCGGUCGCGAUCGUAGGGGGAGAUUUACGGCGAUUUUGACUGCUAUACCUGAAUAGGGAGGUAUAGUGUGAAAGAAGUUUUUGUCCAAAUGUGAUUGAUGGUAUUUGUGUAAAUAAGACAAAUGGAAAAGGGUAUUAGUUUAGGGUUUUAUUAUUAUUAUUGUUUAUAGUUUUAGCGGCUAGCGCGGGAGGAUACAGUUUCCCAGUUUACCCUUUCCUAUUUUAUCCAUCAAGGACGGUUUAUUACAAUUUUACCCUUUUUGUUACCAAUAAUUUCGAAAUUACCAUUUUUGGUAAUGCAAUUUUAAUAGUUUUAAA